AUGCUAAACAGAAAGCGGUGUCGAGUUAGAUCACAGAGAUAUGGGACUUCUUUGCAUGAUCUGAAUACUGUGGAUGGGCGUUCUGGAGAGAUCAUUGAACCCAUGGUUGACCGAAGUGCUGUUACAGAUGAAAGCUUAGACAAUGAAGACGACUCUGGUGCUGUUGAAUGCAUGCAUGAAAGUUACCAGAAUACAUUACCACUUCAUAAUGUAGGGGUAGAUGGAGGUCAUUCAAGCCUUGAUUCUAACGGGUCUUCAAGGGAUCCAUAUAAUAUAUUAUCAGCCAAUGAUGUUUCACCAAUAGAAACAGCAAGAGCAAGAUUUCUGGAUUUUGUGGUGGAUAAUUUCAUUGGGUCACAUAUAGUUGAAGCAACAGAUUCUGAGACAGAAAGUUUAUCUCAAUCUGUGGAAGAAAAAGCAAGCAAGAGGAAGGAAAGAGAGAUCCAAUAUGAAGUAAACAUGAGACUUUCUUCAUUGGAUGGAAUGCGUGAAAAAACCAUUGGAGUCGCACUUGAAGCUGCUGGUGGUUUAUAUAGGAAGCUUGCAAAGAAAUUUCCUAAAAAAGGACCUUGCACAUUUAAAAGAAGAGAACUAGCAACAUCUUUUGAGACAAGGUCAAGAUUUCCCGAAUUAGUAAUACAAGAAGAGAAACGAGUUCGUUUUGUUGUAGUCAAUGGUUUGGAUAUCAUGGAGAAGCCAAAUAUUACACAUAUAGAUGAUGGAGAGUGGUUCAAAAGGUUGACUGGUAGAAGUGACGUGGCAGUUUCACCUCGUGACUAUAAGUUUUAUGCUCCAAGACAUAAGUAUAGGCGUUCUUCAUCCAAUUCUGUUUCAAGCAUUUCUGGUUUUUCUAAUUUUCCUGGUGCUGAUAAUUCUUCUCCAAUGUCUGUUGCUCAAGGAUACCGCUCUCUUACUGAACCACAUCCACAAGAUGAUGAACAUCAGCAGACAUCAUCAAAACAGCAUAUGCAAAGUCUUCCACACCAGGUCAUCUGCCAUGUCUCAACAGUUGGCUUGUUUACAACCACUCACUCACCUUGGGGCCCGCUUGCAUGUACUGCCUACAAGCCCUGCAAAGUUUUGUGAUGAAUGUGGUGCUCCGUAUUUGCGAGAAACUUCCAAAUUCUGCUCAGAAUGUGGUGUCAAGAGGCUGGGAACAUGAUGUGUUUCUUUUUUUCCUUUGCCUCUGGUAAAAGACAUGAAUGCCCUUCUCAUCCUUCAUUAUUGAAAACAAUCUAGGGCUGUUGUUGAAGUUUUUUUUUGUUGUGUUGAAGGGGUAGAGGAUUAGUUGUUGUAUUGUGGAUGUUUACUAUGUAUUGGAAUAGUGAAUGUGUCUUGUAAAAAUUGCAAAUAUUUAUAUUUAUAUUAAAUCAGGUAGAGGUGUUUGUGGUUUUGUUGA